AUGGGUAAAAUAAAAAAAUUUGAGCACAAACAAAAUAAAUUUGAGUAACAUAUAGAAAAUUUAGAUAAAAAGAUUUAAAAGAAGGAUUAGAAAUUUUAAUAGCAGCCAAAAUUAUAGCAGAAACGAACUAUAUAAGAGGAAGCUUCAAAAAAAAAAAAUUUAUUUGCUUUAGAUAGUGAUAAUGAAUAAGAAGAAUAAUAGGUUAUAAAAAAUUGGAAAUUUACUCAUAAUGGUUAAGAUUUAUAAGAAGAUUAUAAUGAUUAAAUACCUGUAAGUUCAGAUGAUGAAUUACCAAAAGGAUUUGUUAAAAAUAAUCAUUUUGUAGGGUUUGAUUAAAAUCAAGAUAAAAGAAAGAGUAAAAAGGAAAUCUAUGAUGAAAUAAUAUAAAAUAGUAAAUAAAGAAAAGCAGAUAAAUAGAAAUUAAAGGAGGGCAAUUAAAUCAAAAUAUUAUAACUUAAUGAAGCUUUACCAUAAAUUUUAGACAUACUACCAAUUAAAUAAUCAAAACCAUAAGCUCCAACAAAAGAGGGUCUAGAUUAUUUUGAAUUGAUGGAGACAUUCAAAGCAGAGCCAAAAGUUUAAAUAGAAACUAUAGUAUAAUCAUCAGAGAAGGAUUAAACUAGUUAUAUGAGAUAGAAGAGAGAGGAAGCAAAAAAGAAAAAGAUAGAAGAAAGUCGUAAGGAAAUUGAGAAGGAUUCAGAUGAUGAAGAUGAACAAGAAAUAGAAAAUGAUGAUUGUGUCAGCAAAUAAUUCAAAAAUGCUAAGGAAAAAAAAAUGCUUAAAUCAUAUAAAAAAGUAGAACAUUUGUCAAGAGUAAUGGAACAUUUAAGAAAUGUUUAAAACAGAAAAAAAACAAAAGGAUCAAAUAAAUUAGAAUAAUAAAAUAAUGAAGAUGAAGAAGAAGAUGAAGAUGAAGAAGAUUUAAAUGAAAUAUUAUCAGAUGAUGAAGAUGAUGAAGAUGAAGAAGAUAGUGAAGAUUAUGAAGAUGAAAAUGAAGAUGAUGAAGAUGAAGAUAAUUAAGAUGAUGAAGAUGAUGAAGUUAAUGAAAAUAAUGAAGAUGAAGAAGAUAAUGAAGAAAAUGAAGAUGAAGAAUAAAUUGAUGAAAGUGAAUCUGAAAAAAAACCUGUUAAGUAAGGGAAUUAUAAAAAAAAUAAAUCAAAGAGAAUUAAUAAUUGAUUAGGUUAUUUUAUGUGAAU